AUGCAUCACUUUGAAAGGAAGUAUAUUCUCCCUGUCGACAUCAGAAUCAGUCUACAUCAUGCACUUCACAACAUAACAAUCAAACCCUAUUGUUCAUCCUACGACACGCCAGGCAGUAUUCUGUUCACUAUUCGCGAGGCAUUCAUUGAGGCACUUCAUAAGAACAAUCACAGACUUGUCGUCUACAUCAUUGAGCAGGUCAAGAAAGUGUAUGGCAUGCAAUGUAUAUGUUCAUCGUUCUCAUCAUCAACUGAGUCCAAGUCCAAGUCCAAGUCCAAGUCCAAGUCCAAGUCCAAGUCCAAGUCCAAGUCCACUCUGUCACCAUUCAAAGUAGUUGCAAGUAUACUAUUUUUGUCAGAGCUGAGCGAGCACGAGGAUGCCAGGAUCAUUCCCGAUCGCAACAUGUACGAUACUUUGAUGAAGUAUUCACCUGAUUGGUUCGACGGGAACAUGCUUGGAUUCUUGGCUAAAAAGUCGUUGAGCGUGCAUCAUGAUGUACAUCUCUUCAUGCUGCUGGCAAAGCGAUUCAAGUCGCACGAGGACUCUUUCCAAAUUGGCUACCAAGGCCAAGCCGAUUGGACGAUCGACGAGUUGUACAAACAUAAGGUGUCGUCGGACGACAUCAUCAAGUUGGUGCAAUGGCACGAGGACAGAGAUUGGCGUUGGAGUGAUCAGGCUGGAAUUAACUUCUUUGAGUUUGCCGUCCAGUACAAGCGAUAUGAUAUUGUACUCAAGAUGGCCACCGAGAUGAGCCCAGACACAUUCCCAACCGAAUAUUCCGAGCAAUACGAGUCGUUGGCAUUGUGUACCGACCACAACGGUCAGAUCAUCUCUAGCGCCAGCGACAACGGCAAUGGCAUGCCCGAGCAUGGAGCACAGGUCACCAAGCAACAGGUCAUCUCGAUGUUGGACGAUACGGGUUCAAUCUCAGAUCUCUAUUCGACUGCACUCAGACAGCAUCGACUCGAUGUGAUUGAGCUUUUGCACCAACACCUCACUGGAGAAGCAUGGGAUGGUAUCACCAGACACAUCUUGGAUUGGGAGCUGACCAGCACGACAAUAGACUGUAUUGCCGCGAUAUUAACCGGACCCUGUCCACAUCACUGGUUCACCAUCAAGACUGAUCACAUGGCCAAGACUGAUGUGGCCAUUCUACACCGACUCCUCGAGUUGGUCAAGCCUAGACUGUUGUUUGUCGUUGAUUAUUAUUAUGGUGGCACGACGAUUGAUGUCCUGAGAGCGAUGCAUCUCCAUGGCCAUGGCAGUCCCAACACCAUGUUUACGUGGGCGGCAGAACUGGGUGCAUUGGAUAUCAUGGAGGAUCUAUUCAACCAGGCUGAUUCUGAGGUACCCAAUGACACUCACUUGUUCAAUAAUAUGGUGAACAAAGUGUGCCAAACCAAUGGUAAUGUGGAGGUACUUCGAUAUCUCAAGGAUCUUGGCUUCCCAUUCAUCAUUAAGGAGUGUUUAUUAUACGCACUGUGCAGAGGCAAUUAUAAGGCCGUGGACUAUAUCCUGUCGCUGCCAGAGUAUGUGGCACGUGUAGGUAGCAAGCCUGGCUUACUCAUGGGAAAUGACAUACUCCGUGUGUUGGAACAAAUUCCUGAUCAUACCGUUCCAGCUCAGAUCACAUUCAUGUUGGAUCGCCUGGACAUUGCAGACCGACUGAAUCAAUCAUUCAUCAAUCAGUUGUUGUCAAAGUCUGGCUUCCACUUCCACAUCUAUCGUGCUGUGUUGGAUAUGCUGGCCAAGGACAUUCAACAACAUCAACAACUUCAACAAUGUAAGCCAUUCAUCAAAGCACCUCCAUUGAGCAAUGUUAAGUUCUUUCAAAUCAAUCAUCGCGAUAAAUAUCGAUCGACCAACUCUGUUGUGGAGUUGUUUAGACCUCGUGGCCUGGGCGCCAAUCAAACAAACAACGAAGUCAUCAACAUGUUCAUCAUACCAUGCACUGAUGACUAUUACCAAACAUACCAGACAAUGAUCAUGGAUGCUGGAAGAUUCCCAAUUGAUGGAUGUAAGUGA